AUGGCUGCCCUCUGCUGCAGCUGCGAUAGCAAAACGAGGAGCGAAGAGACUGGAUACACCUUCACGGAGGGCUACAGCAGUGAGGUCACCCCCGAAGUGGACGCUGGCCUGCCCGGCAAGAUCGCGAGGCAGAGCAACGUGGAGGCGGGCGCGGCUGAGAUCGAGUUCCUCGAGGGCAGCUCGGGCGAUUCUGGAGGUGCAAGGAAUCCGAAGCAGGAGCCGCCCACCUCACUCGGUGGAUUCUUGAUCAUGAAGGAGAAGAAGGAAGAGAGAAAGCUGGAGGCAUGGCUGAAGACCCCUGCGCACCUGCGACCUGCUCCCAGUCCUACCGAAAUGGGCUGCAUGCCAAACUAUGUGACGGAAACGAUGCGAGGACUCACCCUGCCGGUGCAGAAAGCUGUAGACCCGAAAUGGUCGACAGAGCUGAAGAAAGUGAAUGCGAAAGUCGGUGCCUGCAUCAAGUACCAGAAUAGCAUCUCGUCUUCCAUGCCCGGUCAGAUCUCGCCUGAACUUCCGUUCAUGUGGAAAAAGGACUACCUCUCCAAUCCGCCGACACCGUACUUUGAGCCUGGGCGCCGCCCAGUUCACCCGGCAGAUCGCCUUCUCUAG